AUGGCAGCGCCCGCCCAGCAGUCCGCGGCGAGUUGGACCGACGCCUUCCCCGCCCCACGCAGCACGGCGCCCACCGUCUCACGCGACGAGGUGCUGUCAGACCUGUCCUCUGGCCAUCUUCUCGUCGUCGAUGUGCGACGCACCGAUUACGAGGGCGGCACUAUCCGCGGCAGCAUCAACCUGCCCGCGCAUUCUUUUUACUUGAACAGGGGCGUCCUGUAUCGCCUGUGCAAGGGCGCCGGAAUCAGGCGCGUUGCUUUUUACUGCGAUUACAUUGCCGAUCAAGGCGACGACCAGAUCACGUCGUUGACUCUGGCGGGCGGCAUCAAAGGCUGGGUCAAGGCCGGCGAGCCGUUUAGCCAAAACAUGGACGCCUUCGAGCCGGAGUACUGGAAACAGUUUGACUGA